AUUCUAAUUGGCUGUAUUUAUUUAUUGUAACCACAAACUUUUAAUUUUCUUCAAGCCUUAUCUAACCUAGACUUCUUUCAGCAACAUCAUACAUUACAACCAUGGCCAUGGAACUAGUCACAAGAACUCUAAUACCCUUCACACUCUACUCACUGUUCUUCCUCUUUGCACUCAUAUUUCUCUUUAUCACUUCAUCCAUUGCAUCCAUAUUCAUCAUCUUCAUCAAGGAGUCCCUCCGAAACUCCGGCCAAGCGCCGAUCUUCGGCACCAUCUUCAACCAUCUCAUCAACUUCAACUCUCUCCUAGAUUGUCAUUUGAAUAACGCUCGCAAAAACCUAACUUUCCAGUUUCUCCGAUCAUCUCAUAGUGAGAUCGUCACUGCUGACUCCGUUAUCGUUGAAUAUAUACUCAAAGGAAGCUUCACAAAAUAUAACAAGGGUAAAUAUAAUCAUGAAAUCAUGUAUGAUCUUUUUGGCGAUGGAAUCUUUGCGGUGGAUGGCAAGAAAUGGCGUCACCAAAGGGAACUUGCAAGCUAUGAAUUCUCUGUUAAAGAUCGAAAGUAAGGAUGAGCAAAAUCUCACUCUCACUUAUCUGCAGGAAUACUGAAGCUAAAUGUCUAGACUGUGAACAAGCUAACCAGAAUUUUACUCAAUU